AUGAUCGGGCAAGUCUGUGCCGCGGUUUGCACUGCUUUUUCUGUGGCAUAUUCUGCCUACUACGUGAUCCAGCUGACACGUCACCUGACAUGCGGAUGGAGACAAGCCUGUCCUUUGGGCUCAACAGCAGGGUCAGCACCUGGUCUGGCUCCCUCUCUGGUUGAGGAAGAGGCUGAAGAGGAGCAAGACGCCAUCCAGCCUGCAGCUGCCGUCCCUCCACGGCCUGAACGUGCAGAGGCACUGGACACCCCCUCUGCCAUUCAAGGUGCCGCCUCAGCAGCACGGCCUGAAGCAGCCGGCACUCCCCCAGCUGCCGGCGCUCCGUCCAGCAGCCCAGCCCAGCAGCCCGAGAGGAGAGAGGAGCAGAGGCUGACGAGACUGAGGAGCAUUGUGAGUCUGGGCGAACCAAGGAGCAAAUACACGCUGCUGGAAGAACUCGGACGAGGGAGCUUUGGAGCUGUUUACAAAGCCCUCAAUGCCAGCACAGGACAAGAGGUGGCCAUCAAGAAAAUGAGCCUGCAAGAGGAGAUGUCCGAGGAGGUGGCUGUCAAUGAAAUCCUGGUCAUGAGGGACAACAGGAAUCCCAACAUCGUGACCUACUUAGACAGCUACCUGGUGGAUGCGGAGGUCUGGCUGGCAAUGGAGUUCAUGGACGGCGGCACCUUGUUUGACGUUCUCACGGCAGUGUACCUGGAGGAAGGACAGAUAGGCGCUGUCUGUCGGGAGUGCCUGCAAGGACUGCAUUUCCUUCAUUCCCGCCAAGUCAUCCACAGAGACGUCAAAAGCGGCAACGUGCUCGUGGGCAUGGACAGCUCUGUGAAACUGGCUGACUUUGGCCUCUGCGCUCAGCUCAGCCCUGAGCGCAGCAAGUGCAGCUCCAGGGUCGGCACUCCCAGCUGGAUGGCACCGGAAGUGGUGAGAGGAGAAGCGUACGGCCCCAAAGUGGACAUCUGGUCCCUGGGGAUCAUGGGGCUGGAAAUGGUGGAAGGGGAAGCUCCUUAUGAGAGGGAACCCCGUCUCAGGGUUUUUGAACUGAUAGAAAGGAACGGGCCCCCAAAACUGCAAAACCCCAGGCACCACUCGGCUCUGCUGCGCGACUUCCUCCGCUGCUGCCUGCAGGCAGACGAGGACGGGCGCUGGUCUGCCCAGGAACUCCUGCAGCAUCCGUUUGUGACCUCAGGCGAGCCUGCCUCCAGCCUGGCUGCUCUGAUCAUCUCAGCCAAGCAAGUGCAGGAAGACUGCAGAGGAGAGGCUUGUGCCUGA